AUGCCACGGUUAAGGUCAGGGAAAGUAGUGGCAGCCAGCAAGGGGGAGUGGGCCGACCAGACAGUCACCAGCCCAGGCUUUCUGGGCGUGGGGGUGGGGCGUGAGACGGGGAAGAAGUUGGUAGUCCAGCAAAGGCCUCGCCUGACACCGAAGGGAAAACCUAAGCAGCCCUUAUCUUCCUGUCUGCCACCUGCCAUGCUUUCCAGUACUUCCUGUGAGCAGUGUGCUCCUCUUGUGCCCAUGCAGAAGGACAAAGGCGAGAGUAGCCAGAGGCUCCCAGGUCAAAAAAAAAGGUUUGGGAGGGCUGCCAGAAGCAAGAGGGGUGCAGCACUUCCUAUUUCAGAUGCUGCUGUGUGUGAAGAUUGGCAGGCAGCAGCCGUGGCUGCAGCAGCAUGCUGGGAAGAGACUGGGACAGGACAAGAUCAACAGCUGUUUUUCUCAGGAACUACUUCGCAAAAUAAUUUCUCAGCAGAGAUGGAAUGCUUGGAAAGGCUGAACCUCUCAGGUUUUCAGGAGAGUUCAGAGAGCUCAGGGGAAAGCUCUGUGGAAGUAGAACUUUCUUCUGUGGAAUUAGAGCUACAAGUCGCAUCCUCAGAAGAGGAAAUUGAGAGCACAGAGAGACAUGACUUUUCCUGUUUGCUGGAACCAGACGUGAUGCAACCCAGAAAGGGCACGUGUAUUACUGAAAUGGAAAGUGUUCACUCCUUAAUGUUACUGGAGAUGCAAAUCCCAGAUUUUAAGAAGAAUUUGGGGAAUCCUCAAGAAUCCUUGUUGGACCCAAAACCUCAGGAAGAGGUAGAUACCCUAGAGAAACUGGAUAGGUACUCUCUAAUUGAAUUGAGAAAGUCAGGGACACAGGAGAAAGGAGAGAGAUUCUUGAGCAAGAAAGGUGGGACAUCUUUGAUGAAACCAAAACGACAAGGUCGCAGAGAGAGGAGUAGGUCUGCCUUGCUAGAACGGCAUACACAGCGUCCAGAGUCCAAGGAGGGAGCUGUGAGUCUGAGGAAGAGGAACAGAAAUGGACUGGUGUCACAACAGCUACAGGGUCUGAAUGGCCAAGAACAACCAACAGCUAGAGGACAGAUGAACAGGAGUUGCAUGGAAGAAGAGCAGCCGAGUGCAAACCCUCAGAAAGGAGCAGACCGCCUGGGGGAAAGCGCAAAGGAAAAGUGGAAAGCAAUUGAGCAAGACUAUGGUACACGGGCUGUGAAGAAGCUUAAGACAAAUCAAAACAGAUUGGAAGAUUCCAAGGAAAAGGAACCUCACCAUUCUAAAUCUCCUGUGGUUUCUGCAUUAGAUGGGACUAAAAUAAAGACCUUUCUGUGCCAUCCUGUAACAAAAAAGUCUGGUGUGUGUUAUAAAAAAAGGAAAUCCAGAAUUGACCCAGUCGAGUGCUUGCAAAGUUUUAAUGUGACUACAGCUGAAAAAGUGGUAAAUGUACCUGCACAAUGUGAUGCUGAACAUGGCAGAAACACCCUAGACCACUGUAACGGUUUGCUCUGUGCAGCAGAAAAGAAUCCAUUUGUGAGAUUAGACGCCUGUAGUUACAUCAAUACGUUUGUGAAGUCUUCAGCUAGUGGAACUGCCAGCAGUUAUAAAUUAAGUGAAUUCUUCCAUAUAGCCCAGGAUAAAAGAAAGCAUGUUUUUCCUGGUGAUACUGUAGAACAGAGUGAUAGAAAUUGCAGCACUGGCAGAAUGCAAAAUGAGAGAUCACCCAUAAAAGGUGGUUUACUGUUUAAUAAAGAAAAAAACAAACAUGAAGAAGGGUGUUUUUCAUGCUGUCAAAGUGAGAACACUAAGUGUUUAAGGGGAAAAAAAGGUAGAAAGCCUAGAAAAAAGAUGAAAAUCACUGAGAAAUCAGCAGUUCAGAAUAUUUUCACAGACAUGGCUAAUGAAUGCAGUGAGUGUGAGUUAGAAACAGAAGCAGCAGUUGCCAUGUCAAACUCCUUUACAGUCUUAGGACUAAAUCAUAAAGAAAUUACUCUGGCAGCUUCAUGUGAUCGUACAUCAAGUCUUCAUAUAGGAGAAAAUACUCCUGAAGCACAAAAUACAUCAGUCUGGAGAAAGAAUAGUACCAAAUUACUUGCGUUUGAACAGGGCUUUAAGAAGACAUCCGAGCUCCCUGUAAUAGCAAAAAGAGAAAAUUCAAACAGUGUGGCACAUCAUUCUGCUGCCUCAGGUAGCGUGGGAGUACUGGCUCAGAUCCAUGAUGUUUCUAAUUGUCACAAGAGCAAGACAGAUGGAAAAUUGGAGAAAGUGAAUAAGAAAUUGCAGCAGUUUACUUGUCAAAGAACAAUGCCUAUGACUGGCAAAAAUGUUUGGCCUUUUGAAUCUUGUGCCAGGACUUCUGAAUGGGUUCCUAAAAAUUGUGUGUCCAUCUCAGAAGGAAAAAGACUUCUAAGGGUUGCCUUUGAGGAAUCCUCCAAUAAAAGCAGUGCUAAUGCUGUAGGAAACAGUUCUGUAACUGGGAAUUGGCCGCAGUUGGAUUUGCAUGCAUCGUUAGCAGAAAUUAACAAAGAAUCUACACAGAAAAUAAUGGGUCCGAAUACUGAAUGUCUGACUUCACUUGAAACACCAGAAUCCUCUUCCAUAGAUAUUUGUGAGACUUGGAGUAAUGAGAACGUGGAAUCACUAGUUAAUAUGGAUAGGGAUGCAGUGGCAUUUAACCGUGAGAAUGCUCAAGAAGUUAAACCAACCUUGAAUUUUGCAACAACAAAAAAAAAUAAAGGAGCUGUAAGAAAAAGAAACCUGUCUGUGACAGUCCAGAGAGGUACCUCUACAGGUAAAAAAAACAGACUAAACUUAAGCCAUAAAACAUCAGUAGUGACCCAGACAUUUUCUGAUUUAAAGCUAAAGAAAGCCGUAAACGCUGGAAACCUGAUAAAAUACAAAAUUCCUUUAUGCAGAAACAAAUCUCAGCCCAGGAAGCUAGAAUCUGCCCACUCAUUUGAAAGAGAAACCUAUAGUCCACUAGAGCUUCUUGACAGCACUAGCAUUUCAAGGAGGCAGAAAGUGGGUGAAGGGACUUUAGUAAGUUCCAAGCAGCAGCCUCUUGCUGUCGUGAGUGAUGUUACAUCUACAGCUUCCAUGAAGAUAAAAGCGGAUGUUACCAAGAGUAAGGACUUCAGGCAUGAUGGCUCUGAAAACCUUUCAAAUGAGAUGUCUGUGGUACCUGAACAUUCUCCUUUAUAUCCACAUGCUUUUCUUGAUGGACAACUAGAGUCAUCUGUGCCUGAUAUCCAUGGUACUGAAUGUGUACUAAAAUCUUAUUCUCCUGAUCAUUCUUGGAAUGCAGUUGACUGCCCUGUUGCAUUAGAAGUAAGUGAUGCUAGCAAAUCAGGAGUGAGUUUUUCACAACACAAAAGUCAAAGUUUUCCAGAUAUUCUUGAAGCUUACAAAGAAGAUGCUCUUGUCAUUGAUGUGAUUCAGGAUGACCCUGACCUUUUUGGAACCAAUAAUGAAGAGAAGCUUACACCUGCAGAUUGUGAAAAUUGUCCUGUGAACACAUCCUAUACUAGCAUCUGCAUUAAAGACGAAAAGCAGGAUCUUACGCCUGAGUGUCCUGUUAUCUCAGAAAGUGGAGAUUCGGUAGAUGAUAAUUUUAGACACAUUACCAUACAGGAACCUGGAAUGUCAAAUGAUACUGAAAAUUCCUGUGAUUCCAUGCUAAAAGCUACAGAUAUUAAAACCCACAACUCCUCCAGUGGAAGCAGUCCUUUGGGAGAUGUUACUGGGGAUUUUCUUGAAGAUGGGCAACUGGGAGAACUAGAUGAACUUCUGAAGAGUUACGAUGUGGAUGAUAAGUUCACCUUUGCAGAUGGAGUGCCUGAUGUUGAACAAGAAAAAAAGGAUGAAGCUGAAAACAGCGACUGUAAAUACAGAGAUCUUGUGAAAUGUGAAUUGCUGUCAGGAUUGCCAUUGCAUCCCCCAAAAGUAGAUGUCCUCAGUGAAGCUACACAGAUGAAAACCCAGACAAAUGAUUACAGAUUUUCAGAAAAAAGUCCAGUACUGCCAUUGAAAAGUUACGGAGAUUUUGAGCCAUGGACAAUGGAAAAAAAUACAAUUGUUUCUCAUUCAGUCCAGCAGAUGCUCGAGAUGAUUGAAUUGCCCCGUAAAUACUGCAGAUUUUAUUUCAUGACUUUGCGUGGGUGUGAAAGAGCAAAAUGUUGGUUUUGGCACGUUCCUGAACAAGGAGAUGAAAAGAUUUGCAUGGCAAUACUUAGGACAUACAUUAAUAUCAAAGAAUCAGGCCUUCUAAAACGUGCAGUCCAAAUAUUUGUGAAAUACUACCGAGACGUUACUCCUGGUGUGGAUUUUGCUGCUCAAGUGCUGAAUGAUCUUCUCAUUUCUUUGCUCAAGAACUGUUUGUUGCAAGAAGUAUUUCAGAUAUUGAAUGUAACUGUACAAAUCAAAACACCGCCAGCUGUAGAUGUUCUUCUGAAAGUCUUUGAGCAUGUGACAACUUGGAAUCUGAGAGGUGCUGUCCCUAUGUUAAUCAGUACCUUUUGUAAGCUCAUUGAUGCUGGCAUGUUCCUUGAGUUUGAACAUUUUGACCAUGUUCUUAAGUUCCUUCACCAAUUGCAAGUUUCCAGUCAGGAAGUAAAUAUUGUUUUGAACAUAAAAUCCAGAUUUCAGGAAAGCCGCAUUGAAAAAACCUGGCUUUUUGACUUCAACUUGGCAGUGGCCGAAAUACAGCAUUGUAAGGAAAAAAGUGAUUGGACCAAGCUGGGAGCUUUGUAUGUUAGUGUGAGAACUGGAUGUGAACAUCUUGAUGAUGUUCAGAGGUUGUCUUUAUGUAUUGCUGAAACACUAGCCAGAGAUUCUGAGACAGAGAAACCAGGAGUUCCUUUUUGUGAUUUUGCUGAUGCAGUAAUACAAAAUUCACAGCAUAACGAAGGAGACCGAAUUUUCAUUGGAAGGACUGGGAUAAGUGUAAUGUGUUCUUAUCACAAAGUACUGCAGUGGAUAAAGGGAAGGAAGGUUUUGGAUAAAUUGCAUGAGCUACAGAUACAUUUCACAGUCUUGAAAGGACUUAUAGGUGCAGAGAGUUUAGCAUCAAGAUGUCAAAUUGUUAAUAAAGCUGCAGAAAUUUUUAUGAAAACUGGGAGUUUGGAUGGAGCAACAUGGGUAUUGAGAGAAUCAGAGUGGACCACAAAUUCAUCAUUGUGGCCCUGUGAUAAACUCGACAUCCUCAAUCGACAUAAUCUGUUAUGUACAUUAGUGCACAAAUACUUGAGGAAGAAUUUAUACAGGCAGGCAUUUGAAGUUCUGCAGAACUUACCGGGUUUUCAUAAUCAUUCUGAUACUGUAGGUGUUUCUCAGUACAGCUGCCUUUUUAACAAGCUGAUAAGUGCCUGUUUUGAGAGCAAGAACCUUGGGGUCUCAUCUUCUGCAGUAGACUUCAUGCUUUCAAAAAACAUAGCUAUUGAUUUUUUUUUACUUAGAGGAUUAAUCACGGCUUUGGGAAGAAGUUCUUUGUGGUCCAAAGCUAGGACAUAUUACAAAAGUGCUUUAUCAUUGGGUUGCUACCCACCACUGCAAGGAAAUUUAUAUCACAAACUUUUGAAGAUUCCAUCUUACCUAUCAGAGGUUGAGAUGCUGUUGGCAAUUGAAAUAUUUCUUGUUUCAAAUGCCAGUGAUAUUCAAAGUCCAAUGGCUACUAGUCAGACUCUUCAAAUAAUACUGAAAAGGUUUGCACUUCAGAAUAACAGUGACUAUCAAGCGGCAGUGGAGAGACUAAUCGUGGCUGCUCGUCUGUCUGAUCCAAAGCUUUUUCUUAAGCACAUGACAAUGAAUGUUAAUAUGGAAGAAGUUUACAGCUUGGAGCUUACAUCUGCUCUAAAAUGGCUUCAGGAGAAUAUGAAGUGGGCUGGGAAGGUCUGGCUGUUUCAACAGGCAUUAACUAGUAAAGAUUACUUUGGUUUUUAA